AUAAAUACUGAGUACCAGUCAUAUGUUCUCUAACAUUAUUUUAUAACAAUGUGGUCAGUUUUGGUAGUGGUCUUCUGUGUUAUUGGAGGUGUACAAGUAAGUAACCUUAUUUUAUAACAAUGUGGUCAGUUUUGGUAGUGGUCUUCUGUGUUAUUGGAGGUGUACAAGCGACCAUUCAAGAUUGUCGUUUACCAAAACAAUCAGGAUCAUGUAAAGCAAGUUUUCUAAGAUAUUAUUUCGAUGUGUAUUCAAAACAAUGCAAAACAUUUAGGUAUGGUGGUUGUGGCGGCAAUAGGAACAAUUUCAGGACUUUGAAGGAAUGUCAAGAGAAAUGUAUGGCUAAACCAAAGUUCUGUCUUCUUUGUUGUGGACCUCCACCAUGUUGUAAUACAUGUGAUCAAUUCACGAAGCCUGGAUUUUGUCCACUUGUACAACCGGGUUCUUUUGGUACUUGUGUUGAAGAAUGCAGUGGUGACGAAGGUUGUCCGGGUGAUAAAAAAUGUUGUUCAAACGGUUGUGGACAUGUCUGUGAAGCUCCAACUGGCGGAACCAAAUCCUAAAUAAAUA